AUGAAGGUACGAGAUUCCUGCAAGGAUAUAUAUUCUACAAACCGCCAUAGUCCAAAUGGCACCUACACAAUAUUCAAUCGGAAAAAUCAACCUUAUAAAGUAUAUUGCGAAUUCCAUUCCAAGUUUGGAUACACCUAUAUUUCAAAAAAUUCACUCCUUAAAAUCGACAUGAAUGACUUGUUUACUACAACAGAACAUGUCAAAAUACGACACGUCAAAGCAGAUGGUGUUCAGACUGAGACUGUUUUAGAGAACAUUGAGCGAUAUAAAAAUAUCUCGCUCGCUAUAUUUUACAAUCAUCAUCCUGGAUAUGCCACACCAAUUAAUUCCGUAACAUUAGCCCCAUAUCUAUACUUGGGGUUCCUUCCAAUACAAAUAGCUAGUCAUGUUGGGGACGUACAAGGAUAUCGAGCAUCAAACCAAGAUGUCCUCUUCACGAACUGCGAUGCACAACCUAACAGUUAUUUCGUAUUUUACUUCAACCCCGGCCAAAAGGCAAAUGCCGGAUAUGGUAGUGGUUGGUACACCUCUGUGUUCAUAAACGAAUGGAUUUCCCUAGGCAACACUCUUUCGUCGGCGAGCAGUAUGCCACCUGAGUUUUAUUUCGACUACGAGAUUCACUUUGGAGGCUGCGGUGGAUACAAGUUUCAUCAUCAAGAAGAAAACAAAGAUGGUGCCGCUCUUGGUUUACGAUUCGAUGAAUAUGAUCCCUGUGUAUGUUCUCCGUGUCAAAACGGCGGGAGUUGCAGAUCGCCAUCUGACACUCAAUUUAUUUGUGAUUGUGCACGUGGCUAUACCGGAGACACAUGCGCAAAUUUAAGCCCAAAUCUGUAGUAAACUUUGGAGUCUUCACGACACCGUUGCACAG